GCCGACCCUGGGGCGCCUUAAAAACCCCGAGCUGGCACUGUCGUCGCCACCGCUGCGAACAUCAUCCAACGUCUCUGCGACUGCCUUUGACGACCUCGCCAUGGCCAACAAGGGCUUGCAGAACCUGAAGCAGCAGGUGGAGGGGACGGCCCAGGAGGCGGUGACAGCGGCUGGAGCGGCUGUUCAGGAUGCGGUGGAUCAGGCCACAGAGGCUGGGCAGAAAGCCAUCGACCAGGUAGUCAAGAGGACCCAGGAAACCAUCGACAAGACUGCUAACCAGGCCCCUGAGACUGUCUCCGACUUCGCCAAAAAACUCGGGCUCAUGAAAUGAUGGAAGAAAGACAUGGGGUGACCCCCUCCGGGUCUGUCCAGCAGAACGGGGUGCCUGCCCUGCCCCCCCUCAUUAAAGCACAUGUUGCCA